UCUUGCUGCAUCAUUUGGCAAUAGUUCCAUGACUGGCAGCCUGCGGCCCUGGCCUCUCUCCAGAUCUCAGUCUCCAAACAAGCUUAUUCACAUCACAACGAAUUAUGAAGCAGUCCAGAGGGGUCCUCCUCUCCUGUUUACUGACACUUGUGACUCUUGUGGCAGUGAACUGCAGAGAACAAGACUAUCAACAGCUCAAUUCAAUAGAUGAUCUGAAAAAAGUUUUCUCAGAAAAGUCUUUUCCUUUGCACAGCCUCAUCUUGCUCCACUGGUUUGCCAACAAUGUUGAUAUUGACAAUAACAAUAUUGUACGUCUGACCUUUAACCCAAGAGGAGACUUUGGUUCACAUUACUAUGGCAACUAUGACAAUUUGCUGGACCCAGUCCCCAGUGGAUACGAGUACUUCACUGUGGGCAAUGUUAAUCGGCCUUAUGGUGACAUCUGUCCCGUAUCCCAGGACUUUCCUGAAUAUGUUCUUUACCCUCGAGUUAUAGAGUAUGCAGACACAGGGAGAAACAGGGAUCGCCUUAUUGUUAGUGCCCAGGCACAAAACUACGGCCCUCGUAUGAUCACGGAAGUGUAUCUAACUCAACAUUUCAGACUUCAGGACAGGCAGGGCUCCAGGUAUGACCCAGAACACACCUUUCAAAUAUCCACCAACCUGCUGCAACAACUCCACCUUUUUUCAUUCAAUGACAACAGACCAUCUCUGCAGGAACUCAGGGACCAAUUUAACCGGAACAUUGAUGACAACCAGUUAAAUAACAUCAUUAAUAUAUGGGGUCCAGACCAGGCACCCCUUGGGCUGCUGUUCUCAAUUGUAAUCCGAGACAGAACCAACCUGUUUGGAGUGUGCAGUUCAAGCAGGCGUUGGGCUAGAGAUUUAGCAGUGAAAAAAACAGGUGAGUGGCAAAGUUGUGAACUGCAAAAGACACAUCUUGAUGUGAUAACUGGAGGUAAUGGAAAAGCCACGAUCCUUUGGAGAAAUGUUCCAUUGCAACAGAUAAAUGAUGGGGCAGCUGUAGUGCUUUUCAAAAACCAGAUGGACAAAGCUAGUAGUAACAUAUAUACACGAAUUCAGAACACUGAGGGCACUUAUGACACCUCAGUGUCACUGAACGAGGGCCUUCAGGCCAGACUGCACAAGGCACAAGGCUAUUGGACAACAAUAAAGGAAGAAAUCUGCAGAGGUAAAGAAUUCCAAAGUCCACAUGCUGUUUCAAUCACAGGCUAUGCUCAGCUGCAGCUCUUUGUGCAGGAUGGUAAAGGCUGUUUUCGGCUAUAUAUAAAAGAAAACUGCAGUGGGUGGAAAUCUGACUUUUUAAAUUCAUGGGUAGGAUUGUACACAUCUGCUGGAAAAAGCCCAAAGGACUAUGAAAGCCAACAGUGGCAAUGGGCCACCAAGUUCACACAAGGUCAGGACUCCGGAGAAUAUCAAACCUUUGAGUACUGCACUGGCACAACAGUUGUUCCAGGUCUCCAAGCACGGUUUAUGAUCGAGAGCUACAACGAGAAAGCACGCACUCCCACGUGGCACUGACUGAAUUGCUACAAAAAAUUUAAUUGAGCCU